AUGGAGAGCCUUGACCUGAGUCUGGCUUCUGAGGUUAGUUUGAGUUGCCGCGUUUUCCGCUGCAAAACCCUAGUUGUUCUUAAGUUGUCAUGCUUAUCCAUAUUUGGUCGUUCUUCUGUUCAGCUUCCCUCACUCAAAACCCUACAUCUGGUUAACGUUGUUUUGGGACAACCUAAAUAUCUUAUGAAGUUUCUUUAUGGGCUUCCAAUGCUUGAGGAUUUGAAAGUACAUUGUUUACAGUAUACUGAAGACUUUGAUGACUCUUUCUUUAAGGAAGAGUUUAAAAGUUUACCAAAAUUGAUCAGUGCAGAUUUACUAUCUAUGAAGGAAUGUCCGGAUUUUCCUCUGGAAGCAAUAUGUAAUGCGGAGUCUUUGACGAUUAGAGAGAACGGAUUGGAUAAGGUGGUUUGUGUGUUUCCUAAUUUAAUACAUGUGGUAAUCACCUUUGUGAGCGGCUGGAAUUUCGUGUUUGAGAUGUUAAAAAAUUGCCCCAAGCUUCAGGUUUUUGAACUUGUUUUGUAUGGAUAUCCUCCCGGUGCUCUGAUUUACCCUGAUGUUGUUCCUCCAUGUCUUACUUCACACCUCACAAAGUGCUCUCUGGAACAAUACAUUGGCACUGAAGUUGAGCGGCAAUUUGCCAAAUAUAUUAUGCAGAAUUCAACAACUUUACGGACCAUGACAAUUAGCAGCUACCUUCGAAGUUUACAGCUUAGAUAUGCAAUGGUUGACGAAUUAACUUUAUGCCCAAGGAUAUCUCCAUUGUGUGAACUUUCAUUUAAGUAUUUAAGUGAUUACUGA